AUGAAGGUGUCUGGUAUUGGAGUGGAACGUGAACAUGUGUUUCCGCAAGAAGAGCAUGUCUGGCCGUCCGAUAAACGUCUUGCUGAGAGUGUGCGAAAACCGCGGGCUGUUGGUGUUGCUAUAUCGGAUGCUGCUCAGGCGAUCAGCGCACGUUUGACGGGUUUGUUUCGACAUGAAGCUGCUCAGAUUGAUUUUCCUACUUCAAGUGUUUACUGUGGCCCUCUAAUGUCCACUGCUUAUUGUCCCGAUAUGGAGCACGUCCCCAUUCAGUGCGCUGUGAGCGUUUAUCACUGUGGGCGGUCUGAUUUGUUGCCUGGUGAAAUGCCUUUGGUUCUUCGUGAUGAGCGUGUUUUCCAGCGUGAUGAGGUGGAGCAAAAGCCGCUGAUGAGGACCGAUGUGUCAUACGAACGCGGAACUGUGCCGGAACCGUUACCUUCUGCGGUGACUCUCAAACCACCGUCCCAGCGAACUGUUGAUCUGGAUAUUUCAAUCAGCGCCACUAGUCCUACUACUCGACCUGUACCUGUUGGUAUCGCUCGUCCGGUUCCAAAGGUUCCAGAACAACCUUCGGUGGAAAUAAAACAUUUUGAACAGGUAUCUGUGUCUGCAGCACCACCUCUGUCUGAUUUCGAUUAUCGUCGUAAGACUCGCGAAGUGGAUUACUGGAUUGGAAGACAUCUGGAACGUCAGCCGAAGCCACCUCGUGAUUUGACCGCCGACAUUGGCAUCGAUGUUGCGUCAAGCGAUGAUAGUUGGGAGAAGCAAGCUGAUUUCGAUACGUUGCAACCGCGUGUUCGACCCACACGGCGCGAUAUUCCACCACAAUACGAAAAACCGAGCGCGCGAGGCGCUUCGCCGACCGCCAACCUGCACUGGACAACGGUCAGUGAAACAACAUCAGUUUCCUACAGGAAACGCAUCUCUAUUGAGCGCCGUCGACCACGCCCGAUUUCGCCAGGAACCCGGCGACGCCAGUAUCAGCCGCCACCACCACCUCCAGAGGUUUUGGCAACUGCGCGUCGUAAUUGGACAACAUUUGAAAGCAACUCGAUGCCUGGCGCUUACUCCGGCGUAGCGGUCACAGGACCUUAUGCCAGUGUUCCUGGUCAUGCCAGUGCUUUAUGCCGACAUGAUUCCUAUCAUGCUAGCUACGACAGUACUAAUUUAACUAUUGGACGUAUCAACAUAUCGUGCAGGGUUAAUUUUUACAAUGGCCAAUCUUAA